CAGAGUCUGACACGGACGAAUCUGAAGACGAUGACAGUGACCUGCGUGUGCAGCAACCAGACGAGCUGGAUGAACCACUAUAUCAAGGCUGCCGACUGUCUCUAGCUGAAAGUCUUCUGCUGGCGAUGGGAUUCAUCCUACGGCACAAGUGAGUGUAGCCGAUCCCUGGACACUAAAGAACUUCUGAACAAAGGACAAUACUUCCUGUCAUUUGAUUUGGAGAGUCAGCCUACAGAAAUGCUCAAGAAAUUUGAGGCAUCUCUUCUGAAGCCUUCGCCAAGCAUUAACAUGACAGACAUCCACCAAAGCCCAGCAUACAACAGCCUACCAGUUGGAAAAAAUGAUGUCUCUCUCACUUUCAAUACUGAUGGUGUACAACUUUUUGAGUCCUCACAAUUCUCCAUCUGGCCAAUCACAGUGCAGGUCAAUGAACUACCAUUUAAAGAGAGGCUCCUGCACCCCGCUGUCGCAGGCUUGUGGUUUGGAAAGACAAAGCCCAACUUCAAAUCGUUCUUCCACCCUUUUGUGAAGACCAUGAACAGGCUAUCAACACAAGGAUUUAAGUGGUCAAAUGCAGAAGGAGAAGUUACCACCAAGGUAUUUCCAGGCCCGUGCACUGUGGACAGUGUGGCAAGAGCCCCCCUGGUAAAUAUGCACCAAUUUAAUGGGAGGUUUGGGUGCCUUUGGUGCUUUCAUGAAGGGGAAGUUAUUGCUAAAGGAAGAGGACACACAAGAGUGUACCCCAUAACUGAUCGUGAACACGCCAUUCGCACUUCUGCUUCCGUCUACAAGGAUGCAACAAAGGCACGGCAGAGAAAUGAACCUACUCGUGGAAUCCUCGGUCCCAGUGUUUUGUUCCUGCUCUCAUAUUUUGACAUUUGUAAAGGUGUCGUCGUCGACUACAUGCACACUGUGUGUCUUGGUGUAGUCAAGGCAACAACAGUCAUGUGGCUUACUAAUGCAUCUCAGCCUUACUAUUUGAAGCCCAAGCUUGGUGAAGUGAAUCAACGCAUUCUAAAUAUCAAGACUGUUGCUGAAAUCAGUCGUCUCCCGCGCAAAGUAACUGACUACAACAUCUGGAAGGCAUCUGAAUGGCGUGCUUGGCUGCUCUUUUAUUCUGUUCCUGUCCUCACAGACUUGCUCCCCAAAAAGUACUUAAAAAACUGGAAAAAGCUAGUUAUGAUUAUGCAUAAACUGCUGUCCUUCAAUGUAAAUCUUGAAGAGCUUGACAGUAUCCAAGCUGAAGUCCUCUCAUUUGCACGCCGGUACCAAGCGCUCUAUGGCACAGCAAGCAUGACAUACAACAUGCACUUAGUAACACAUUUAGUGCUGUGUGUCAAGAACGGGGGCCUCUCUGGGCAUAUUCGAAUUUUCCUUUUGAACAUUUCAAUGGUGUCUUAA